AUGGGCCUCUCGCCGCCUUUGUUUGUAGUCCUGAUUGUGCUCGCAACCAUCGUGCCUCCCCUAAUCGCAGGGGCUCUCCUGACUCGCUUCGUCUGCCGUAACUUCAGAGACGCUGCCGGCGUUGUCGAGCCCAAGCCCCGACGAUGCUGGUUUGGCCUCCGGCGCGUCAGGUCCAUCAGCAGCAACGCCACCGACAGCCUCGCAACCCGCGCCCAGAGCUACGCGGACUCGUGGCAGGACCUGGAGAGCCUGCGCACGCACAGGGACACGCCGACACCGUCGCUCCGUUACUGCACCUGCGAGGAGGUCCCACCGGUCAGGGCACCAGUACCUGCGGCCAUUCGGUUUCAACCGCAGCCGCCGGAGACAUGGCAUCCCUCGAGGGCGAGCCGGCUGACAUGGAGCUUCUCACCCACGAGGCGGGACCAGGGUCACCUUCGGAGAUCCCGCAGCCGCUUAGGGUCCUCAAAGGAUUCGGGCGUAGUCCUGGAGGGCUCGUCGGAAGAGGAAUGGAGAGCUCGAGGCGAACGAGCAUCGAGACGGAUGGAAGUGUAG